AUGGAGGGGGAGCCGCGGGAAGCCGGGGCGUGCAGCAUCAUUAUCUGCCCUUGCAGGGACGGGCCGAGCCCAGCCUGGGCUGAACUGGGGCUGAACUGGGGCUGAACUGGUCCCGGCCGGGGUGGAAACCCCCGCGCUCGGCCCCGCUCUGCGGAUCCCGCUAAUUAAUGACAUGAAAGCCCACGCGAGACCUCCGGGGAAGGAAUCAAAGGCGGCUCCUCCGCAGCUUCCCAGGGCAUGGAUCCAUCCCCGCGGGCCGGCGGCUCCCAGCGCCGGGGCGGAUGGAGGGAACGGGGACCCCGCGGGACGCGUUUGUAGAGACAUGUUCAACGGAAGCCGGGAACUCAGCCCCUUGCCUUCCUCGCCGUCUUCCUCACGGGAUUCCUCCUCUUCCUCUUCUUCUUCCUCCUCCUCCUCCUCCUCUUCCUCGCUGCGGAGAUCCCCACGGGCGCUGCAACGCCACGGCUCUCUGCUGGCCCAGUACAGCGCCUUGCUGGAGAGCUACACGGAGGGCGAGAUGCGCCAGCUGCUGUCGGCGCUGGUGGAGCGCUACCGCCAGGCCGUGAACUCGGGCGGGCACGAGCUGCCGCUGUUCCCCCGCGCCGGCGGCCGCCGCAAGCGCGCCCGCGCCCGCCACAAACCCUGCGAGCUGCGCGAGCUCGAGGUCAGCGUCAGCGAGCUGGGCCUGGGCUACGAGUCGGACGAGACCGUGCUGUUCCGCUACUGCAGCGGCACCUGCGAGGCCGCCGUGCGCAGCUACGACCUCUCCCUCAAGAGCAUGAGGAGCCGCAGAAAGAUCCGGAAGGAGAAGAUCCGCGCGCGGCCCUGCUGCAGGCCGCUGGCCUACGACGACGACGUCUCCUUCCUGGACGCCUACAACCGCUACUACACCGUCAACGAGCUGUCGGCCAAGGAGUGCGGCUGCGUGUGACACGGGGGACGGCCGCGAUGGAGGCCGGGGCGGCCGCAGGAGGAGAGACUGAGCCGCUGGUGCGUCCCUCGGUGUCACCGUCACCGGACUAGAGACGUGGCUGCCGCCAUGGCGGGGUGGCUGGAGUGGUGACGGCGGCUGGAGGCUGUUGUCCCCUCUGUUGGUGGCCCAGAGGUGCCUGCUGAGGUGACAGUGGGUGUGCGACGUGCCCUCGGCGUGCACGGGCUGCACUGCGUGUCACAGGUGUCACAGGUUCCACAUGUGUCACACGUGUCACAGGCUACGUUACCUGCACAGGGGUGGUGCAGCGCAGGUGUCUCUGGCAUGAGGGACACACACAGAUGCCAGGGGGUUCUGUGUCAGGGUGUGGCACAGGGGUGUGGCACAGGGGUGUGGCACGUGCAGGGGGUGUUGUGAGCAGUGCCGGUGCUGUGUGGUACUGGACAGGGUGUGCUGCACACCUGGGGUGUGUUUAAGGGUGUGCUGCACACUCAAGGUGUGUUUUGGGGUGUGCUGCACACUCCGGGUGUGUUUUGGGGCGUGCUGCACACCUGGGUUGUGUUUUAGGGUGCGUUACAGGUUCGAGGUGCAUCAGGUGCCCUGUGCUGCCCCAGGGUGGGAGCUGAGUCUUUCUCUCUGCAGCUUUGGGGUUUUGUGACCCCCCUGAGCUGCUGGGGGAGGUCCAGCCGCCCCAGAUCCCGGUGUUUGGGGACACGGAAACGCUGAGAGUGAUUUGUGUGUGGCUCUGACUCCCUCUGGCCUGUGCCCCUUUUGCCAUCGUCUCACUCCUGCAGCCCUGGGGCUUUUCUUCUUACAACUCGGGAUAAUCUGAAGUAACUGGAUUAACCUCCUGUGCCCCUGCCACGGGCAGCUGGGCCAGAGCCCAGCCACCACCAGGGAAGUGACAGAACCUCACAGGGCCACCAGCAGAGCUGUGGCACUCGGUGGCAUGGCCAGGAGCAAACCUGGUUUGGCAUCUCCCCAAAUCCCCCCAGCUCUCCUGGGAGCAUCCCCCGUGCUCUGCUCGGGGCUGGGAUCCUGCAGGAGAGGGGACUCAGGCCUGGCUUUGGCUCUGCUCACAUUUACAGCAGUGUCACUGCUGUUUACUCUGCGGGGAAAUAAAUGAGCCCGCAGGCUCUCACAUUCCCUGGGCAGGCUCGAGCUGUUGCCUGGGAUUGAUGGGUUUUCUCCCCUUGGCUCCCUUCCCAGAAAAGGCAAAUCAUAAACAGAAGGAGAAUAUUGGUGUCAUGUCCUGGGCAUUAACCAACGUGAGGGAAAACACUCCGUGUGCCACCCCCCCUGUCCUGGCUCCUCUCUCCGGACCAAAGGGGGGAAAAAUCCCUUGUGCCUUCAUCCCGAGCAGGACGAGGGCUGCUGGUGGUGAUCCCAGCUCAGGGAUGCUUCUGCAGCAUUGGGGGAGCAGGGUGGCAUCCCUUGGGAUGGGAUGGGGAGCAGCAUCUCGUGUUGGACCAGCCACACUCCCGACCUCCACACAGGCCCAGCCUGGUGGGGAUUAUUUUAUUCCCUUCCUUUUUAUCCAAAGGCAGCUCUUGGCUGAGCGGAGCCAGGGUGUAGUGGAGGAAUAUAAACACCAUCCCUCAGCAGGGCUGGCAGCCCGGGAAGGCAGCCUGGAGUCUGUAACACGGAGUUUUCCCUGGAUUUUGGGAAAGGCAGGAGGCAGCUGUAGGUAUAGGGUGCAAAACCUGCACCCAGGAAAUGGGAACUGAGAGUGGAUAAACUCCACAAUCCAGGUGCAGCUCCCCAACCAAGGUGUGAGUUUGCAGGCCUGGUUUUGGCUGGAAAUGGGAAAAGCGGCCCAAAAGAAUCAGCUGGAGGAUGGGAAUGGCAGAUGGGCAGCAGGAGCUGUGGAUAAGCGGCUCACUCGAGUUUAAGGAAAAAAAAAAGCACCCAAAUCUAAUAAUAAUAAUGAUAAUAAUAAUAAGAACUGUCCUCUCAAGGGCUUGGGUGCUUUCCAGCUCUCGCUGCUAUAAAACUAAAAUUAGUUUUGUUGCAGUAAGGAAAAAGGAAUGGAAGCAGGGCAGGGAAGGCAGGGAAGGUGGUGGGGAAGCAGAGCAGGACCUGGUGCUGCAGAGGAGGGUUUGGAGCAGGAGCUGCCUCUGCUCAGCGUUUGCACCCUGGUUUGGGGACAGUUUUUGGCAAAAUCCAGGGAUUUAGGGUGCCUUGAUGGUGGGCACCAUGCCCAAGGGACCCUCCUCUUGCCAGGGUGGUGGUGGGAGCAUCAGGAGGAUGAGGGGACAAGGGACAUCUCCCAAAAUCCCCCAUUCCCACUGCAAAUCCAGCUUGGAGCCCCCAAAACCAGGAGGAAAACCUGACUCAACGCAAUGGUGUGUUAAACCCAGCAGGAAUAGCUCCAAUCCAUCAUUUUUUUUUGUAUUUUUUUUUUGUUUUUAAUUUCCCCCUGCUGGCAGCGCAGCUCCAGCCCGUGCGCAGGGGAUGUUCCCCAUCUGCCUCCCACUGCUCCUGCUGGGUUUUUUUUUUUGGGAACAGCUGGGAUUUACAGCCACAAAACUCCCCGAUGGGGAGAGCUGGGCCAUCGUGGUGCGGCCAAAAGGAUGGGUUCUGCUUCCAUGCCUUCUUCAGGGCUCCUCCUCCUCCUCAUGGAGCUCCUCCAGCUGUCCCGGUGCCAUCCCGCUGCCAGCCGGCCCUGGAAAUGUGGUUCCAAUAGAAAGGCUGAGGUUUCCCUAAUGCUUUCCAUUUCUCCAGCCCCCUCUGCUGUAAUAGGAGCUGGAGCAGCCCGGAAGAAUGUCUACAAUGCAAAAAAAAAAAAAGAAAAAAAAAAGUGGAAAA